AUGGAGGAAGCUAGUUUGUGCCUUGGUGUUUCUUCAGCUGUGCCAGAAGCUGACGCCCAUCUCAACAGCACCAUACUCAAUGGGCAGUAUUCAAUGAGUCAGAAGCUGCACCAGAUCACUUCCCAGCUCAGCCAUGCCUUCCCAGAGCUCCAGAACAGGCAGAAUCCAGAGGAGAAGGCAUCAGUGCCACUAGAAGACAAAAGCCACAUGUCGAUAGCAAACCAGCCCAUCAGCAGUCAGAUGGCACUGCUGGCAAACCAGCUCAAUAGAGAGGUUGACACCAGUUUGAAUGGGCGCGUGGAUCUGCAGCAGUUCUUGAAUGGCCAAAACCUAGGGAUUAUGUCUCAGAUGAGCGAUAUAGAGGAUGAUGCCAGGAAAAACAGAAAGUACCCAUGUCCCCUCUGUGGGAAACGCUUCCGGUUCAACAGCAUCCUGUCGCUACACAUGCGAACUCAUACUGGAGAGAAACCAUUUAAGUGUCCAUACUGUGACCACAGAGCAGCUCAGAAAGGCAACCUGAAGAUACACCUGCGUACUCACAAGCUCGGAAACCUUGGCAAAGGUCGUGGAAGGGUCCGAGAAGAAAACAGACUUUUACAUGAGCUGGAGGAGAGAGCAAUUCUUCGGGACAAGCAGAUGAAGAGCAGCCUCUUGCAGCCACGACCCGAUGUGAAGGCCCAGCAGCACGCCCAGCCAAUGCCUCUCGCAAACUGCAACUUGUCCGUGCCAGCUAAUCACAGCACUCCUGACGUUGCAAACCCUGUUCCCUCUCCAAAGCCCGUCAGCAUCCAGGAAGAAGUUGUCGCUCAGACAGCUGGGUUCAGGUGCACGUUUUGCAAAGGCAAGUUCAAGAAGCGAGAAGAGCUGGACAGGCACAUAAGGAUCCUGCACAAGCCUUACAAGUGCACCCUGUGUGACUUUGCUGCCUCACAGGAGGAGGAGCUGAUCAGCCACGUGGAGAAGGCUCACAUAACUGCCGAGUCCGCGCAGGGCCAGGGCUCCAACGGGAACGGGGAGCAAUCCACCAACGAGUUCCGUUGCGAGGUGUGCGGCCAAGUGUUUAGCCAAGCCUGGUUCCUGAAAGGCCACAUGAGGAAGCACAAGGAUUCCUUUGAACACUGCUGUCAGAUCUGCGGGAGGCGAUUCAAAGAGCCUUGGUUUCUUAAAAAUCACAUGAAAGUCCACCUGAAUAAGUUAUCUGUAAAGAACAAAUCUCCUAACGAUCCCGAAGUACCGGUCUCCAUCAGCAGCAUGUCCCAGGAAGCUCACGCAAACUUAUAUUCAAGGUAUCUGUCAUGUUUGCAGAGUGGGUUUCUUCCUCCCGACAAAGCAAGCUUAAGUGAACAAAAUCAAAUCUAUAACAAGGGAGACAUGCCCAUGAAAGAGAAAGAAGUCUUGGGGAAGCUCCUUUCACCCAUUUCUGGCAUUGGCCACAGUAUUGCCGAAGGGGAUAAACAUUCUUUAUUGGGCUGUCUCAAUCUGGUGCCUCCGCUGAAAUCCAGCUGUAUAGAAAGGUUACAAGCUGCCGCCAAAGCGGCAGAGAUGGAUCCAGUAAACAGCUAUCAGGCCUGGCAGCUUAUGGCAAGGGGAAUGGCCAUGGAACAUGGCUUUUUGUCUAAAGAGCAGCAGAUACAGCGCAGCCAUGAAGACACUUUGGCAAAUGCUGGAGUUAUGUUUGAUAAGGAGAAGCGGGAGUAUGUGUUAGUAGGAGCAGAUGGCUCUAAGCAGAAAAUGCCUGCUGAUUUGGUUCACAGCACUAAAAUGGGCAAUCAGAGAGACUUGCCAAACAAACUAGACCCUUUAGAAGGCAGCAGAGAUUUUUUGUCACAUGGUAUGAACCAGGGACUCGAUUACAACUUACAAAGUCAUGGAAACGUAAAAGAAAAGCCAACUGAAUGCCCAGACUGCGGAAGGGUUUUUAGAACAUACCACCAAGUGGUCGUUCACUCCAGGGUCCACAAAAGAGACAGGAAAGGAGAAGAUGAAAUAAUUCAAGGUAGUCUUGAUGAGCGACGUGGGUCUGGAAGUGAUCAAGAGUCUCAGUCUGUCAGCAGGUCGACAACACCAGGGUCCUCUAACAUUACUGAAGAAAGUGGAAUAGGUGGGGGUCUCUCACAGACGGGGAGUGCCCAGGAGGACAGCCCACACCCUUCCUCACCCUCCUCUUCAGACAUUGGAGAAGAAGCUGGGAGAUCGGUAGGAGUCCAGCAGCCAGCUUUACUGAGAGACAGGAGCCUGGGUUCUGCCAUGAAAGACUGCCCAUAUUGUGGAAAGACUUUCCGAACGUCACAUCACUUAAAGGUCCACUUGAGAAUACACACAGGUGAGAAGCCUUACAAGUGUCCGCAUUGUGAUUAUGCCGGUACUCAGUCUGCCUCCCUCAAAUACCACUUGGAACGGCACCAUCGGGAGCGACAGAAUGGAGCAGGACCACUCUCUGGGCAGACUGCAAGUCAAGAACACAAAGAUGAGACAUCAAGUAAAAGUUCUGUGUUUAUUAGACCAGAUAUAUUGAGAGGGGCCUUCAAGGGGCUUCCUGGUAUUGAUUUCCGCAGUGGCAUGGUCUCGCAGCAGUGGACGUCAGGAAUGCUGUCUGCUGGAGAUCAGCAAGGACAAGCGGCUGGCAUGUCAUCUGAAGUAUCUUCAGAAAAUAUGAAGGGUUCAGACAUAUCUCCCAAAGGAACACACUUCUCCGAGCUUGGCCGUGCUUACCAGAACAUGGUUGGGAACGGUGUGAACUUUCAAGGGUCUUUGCAAGCUUUCAUGGACAGCUUUGUCCUAAGUUCUUUGAAGAAAGAAAAAGAAAUGAAGGAUAAAGCUCUCUCAGAUCCGCUUUCAGCAAAAGCUCUGGGCUCAGAUGGUGGCGAGGAAAAGAUAAAUAGCAAGUCCUCACAGCGAAAGACAGAGAAGUCACAAUACGAACCUCUUGACUUAUCCGUGAGGCCAGAUGCAGCCUCCCUCCCGGGUUCAUCUGUUACUGUGCAAGACAAUAUCGCUUGGCACGGCUGCUUAUUUUGUCCCUUCACAACUUCCUCUAUGGAACUAAUGGCUCUGCACCUCCAGGCCAACCACUUGGGCAAGGCUAAACGUAAAGACAACGUCGUAGGGAACAACAAAGACCCAUCUAGAGAAGCUUCAGCCUCGGUUAAUAAAGUGAGCUGUCUCCCCUCCUCUGUGCAGUCCAGCAAGGAGGCAGUAGUUUCAAACAUGCUGAGCCAGCUGGACUCGGCUUCUGAGAAAAUGACCCAAGGACAAAAUAAAGAGUCCCUGGGAGAGCAAAAGAGCAGCGCCUGGCCCAGCCACAUGGAAUCCACUUUUUGCAAUUUUACAACAGACUUCUAUAAGCAGUUUGGUGUUUAUCCUGGUGUUAUUGGCACGGGAACACAAAAUUCUUGCACCAGUAAUGAAUCUGAAAUAAAAACACAAUCCGAAGAUGACCCAAAUAUUCUGCUCUCUGACUCUGUAAAUAAAAGUGCUACUGAUGACCUUUCUGACAUAGCUUCAUCUGAGGAUAUGGAAUCUUCCAAGGAAGAAAACAUUGAAGAUGAGGACAUUGACACAGAACCAGAUAUUAUGAAUAAGCAGUUGUCUGCCCUAAACAAAGAAAGCAAUGAAGGAGGCGACAAUAUACAAAGUGCAGUCACCUCACAACCGACGCAAGGGCUCGUAUCACCACUGCCGCAAGCAUCAGAGAAGCAGUGGCACGGUCAGAAUCUUCUAUCCUCCCAUGAAACUGCACAAGGAGUGAUGAAACCCGACCAAGUUCAGGGUCCACAGGUCCUGGAGAAGCAGAUGAACAUGUUGUCAGUCCUAAGAGCUUACAGCUCUGAUGGCUUAGCAGCCUUUAAUGGACUUGCAAGUAGCACAGCAGCUAGUGGAUGUAUCAAGAGACCUGACUUGUGUGUUUCUAAGACGACGACAUGCCUUUCCUUGCUGCUUGGCAGCCAGUAG